AUGACAAACACCGGAGAUAGUCCGCUCUCAAUCACUGGCUCCAUUGUCGGCAUCGUCGCAUUGGUGCUGUCCGUUUCUACCAUCAUUCAGGCUGUCUACAUCUAUGCCAGUGCUUAUCGGGCUGCACCCGCCGAGCUGAAGAGAUACACCUCUUCCGUCUCCAACACCAUGGAUGAGCGUUCUUACAGACUCAGGAGUGGGCAUAUCCCAGGUCCAAUCAACCUAGCCUUGGGUGGUAACGCCAAAUACGAUAAUGCUCGGUGGACUGAGAUGUUGGAGGAGUACUACGAAGCUCACCUAGAGCUUGAGGACGAGCUCCAUAAGAUCAAACAUAGAGGCCGAAAUAUAGACUCUCUGAUCAAUUGGAACCGCAUUCUGUGGCUGUUCCGGAAGAAGGACUUGGAUGAGUCUGUCCAACGCGUGGAGACAUUGAGAUCUCGAAAGAUGGCUGUCUGUCUGAAUGCGUUGCUUGCAGAUGUAUCGAGUAUGAAAGAAACCCUGAAUCGUAUUGAAGCUAGAAUACCACAGGGUCCACUUCGCCUCCCCGUCGCACGACCUCCAGAGGAACCCGAGCACGACUCUCUGGCAAGACCAUUGAACCUGUAUGCAAGCUCGGUGCUGGGAGAGUCUGUGACUGAUAUAGUUCGAACAUCACUCGAUUCCAGAUGA